AUGGUUUUUUUGGUUUCUCUAGAUGAUGGCCAAGGGUCUCAUGGCUAGGAGCGAUUAUAAUGCAGGGACGAAGAAAUCCCCCCUGCAGAUCCAGAUGCUGGAGAGGUUUUAUUCCGAGGUGCAAUAUCCCAAGCCGGAGGACAUGACGGAGUACGCAGCGUCUGUUGGCCUGACUUACAGCCAGGUCAGGAUAUGGUUCAAGGAGCGGAGGAGGAAAGAGAGGAGACACAUGGAAGCUGCAGGGGUUCGUGUGGACACACAAGUUUGCGCAGGAUCGACUGGGCUCAGUUGUAGCAACGGCAGCAGCAGGAGUACGACAAGCCUUGUUGUAGGAAAGAAACACAUGCUUCGGCCACAAGUUCUGUUUCCCAAGGAUUAUAUUCUUAGGAAAGUCUUCCGCAAGGAUGGUCCAUCUCUUGGGGGCGAAUUCGAUCCCCUGCCCCAAAGCGCACAUGGUCAUGCCAGAGCUGCAGAUACCACAGGACAUCACUCCUACCAGGACCAAGGAGUUAUGAAAAAGAGAAAGAUCAUGGUGUCUACUGCCCAGAGACCCACUUUGCCAUGUGAGAACAAUGAUCCUGUGAGGAAGCAUGGAGUUGGCAAAGGUUUAAUGACAGUGUGGCAUGCAAUGUAUUCCCAAAAUGCGGAAAUUCAAGAUGGCUCCAGUUUUAUUGAUGAAACUGGUUGCUUGAGGUCAUUGAGACCAUUCGAUGACUGUGGUGGAAAGCCUGUCCAAGUAAAAAACAAAUUUUUGGCACGGAAGAGAGUAAAUAAAAAGAGUAGACCUCCGCCGAGUAAAAGAAAGGUGCCAUGUGGCAGAGUUACUGAUCCGAAGGAGCAUCCUCCAGUGGAGUGCCUUCUUUCAGUUGAUGAAUCAGAAUCCUCAGAACUACAAACUGAACAGGCAACUUUAGUUGAUGAUGAGGAGCUUGAGCUCAGCGAGUUACAAGCAGGCCCUAACCCGUUAAGAUGUUCAGCUCAUCUUUCUUCAACUGGGAGACAUGGCUGCCCCCUUUGUAAAGAUUUACUUGCCAGGUUUCCUCCACCAAGUGUUAGGAUGAAACAACCAUUUCCCACAAAACCUUGGGAAUCUUCACCUGAAAUGGUGAAAAAGCUUUUCCAGGUUGUCCGGUUUAUCUACACACACUUUGGUAGUAUGGAUGUCCAUCCCUUUACAUUUGAUGACUUUGUACAAGCAUUCCAUGACAAGGACUCGUUGUUAUUGGGGAAAGUACAUGUCAGUCUUCUCAAGCUACUUAUGUUAAACACAGAAAGGGGCAGCAGUAGUGUGUUUGUUCCACGAUCGUCUAAAGACAGCAGAUAUUUAAGCUUUCUGAACUUUGUUAGAGAACAAGAAUUCGAUGUGAAUUUCUGGAUCAAAUCCUUGAAUUCUCUUACUUGGGUUGAAAUACUACGCCAAGUUCUGGUAGCUUCAGGUUUUGGAUCAGAUCAUCAUAUGCUGAAUCGGAAUUUCUUUAACAAGGAGAAAAAUCAAAUGGUUAAAUAUGGGUUACGUCCUCGUACACUGAAGGGUGAAUUGUUUGCACUAUUGUCUAAGAAAGGAAGCAGUGGGUUAAAGGUAUCUGAACUUGCCAAAUCACCACAGAUUAUCGAUCUUAACCUCUCAGGUGCAUCAGAAGUAGAGCAGCUGAUAUUCUCAACUCUCUCUAGUGACAUCACAUUAUUUGAGAAGAUUGCACCUUCUGCAUACCGUCUACGUGUUGAUCCUCGGAUUAAAGGAAAAGAAGAUCCUAGAUUAGAUACCGAGGAUUCUGGAACUGUCGAUGAUGAUGGAGAUGCUUGCAGCAGUGGAGAUGAAUCUGUUGGCUCACAAGAGUUGAGUUUUCUUGAGCAUGGAAGUAGAAUUGUUAGGAGGAAACAGAAAAAUGUGAAUAAAUGCAGUGAAAUUGAUGAAAGUUAUUCCGGAGAAAGAUGGCUUCUGGGGUUGAUGGAAGGCGAAUACUCGGACCUAAGCAUCGAUGAGAAGUUGGAUUGCUUGGUUGCUUUACUGGAUGUUGUUUCUGGUGCUGGUUUUGUUCCAAGGCUUGAGGAACCACAAAGUGUCCUGUCUAAUAUACAGAGAACACAGUCACAUGCCUCAGGUGGCAAAAUAAAGAAGAUGACAAGAACUAUUUAUCAAUCUAGUGACGAGUACUUAAAUAGACCAGGAAGCUCGCCCAGUUUUGAUUCUUCUAUGCAAGGGCAGUCAGGAAGCCUGAAAAGUCAGGAUUACAUUGUCGACUCUGAAGCUAAUGAAUCAUCUACAGGAUUUGCACAUCAGCCACAAAUUGUUCUCUUAGGAUCAGACCGCAGGUAUAACAAUUAUUGGCUCUUCCUUGGCCUUUGCCGGGCAGAUGAUCCAGGGCAUCGCAGGGUCUACUUUGAGUCCUCAGAAGAUGGCCACUGGGAGGUGAUUGAUUCACCACAGGAAUUACUUUCGCUGCUGUCUGUCCUAGACAUCAGAGGCACUAGGGAAGCUCAUCUUCUUGCAUCAAUGAAAAAGAGGCAAGCGUGUCUUUUUGAAGGCAUGAAAAAACACUUGGAAGAGGGGAACUCGGUUGGGUUAGCAGCAUCAUCUGAUUCUUCUCGUUCCGAGACAAGCAGUGGAAACAAAGUUUCACCCAAGCCAAGUAGUGGAGAUGGAGCUUCACCCCUAUCAGACAUUGACAGUGCUUCUAUUCCCGCAUAUCUAGCUGGUAAUCUUCUAAAUGCAUCAUCUGCAAUAGUAAUCGAAGGUGGCAGGAGAAGUGAUGAGAAGAUACUGAAGUGGGAAAGGUUGCAAGCGUUAGAUAAAUGGAUCUGGACUUCUUUCUAUUCUUCUCUUACUGCUGUCAAGUGUGGCAAGAGGUCAUUUAAGGAAUCACUUGUUCAUUGUGAAAGUUGUCAUGAUCUGUAUUGGAGAGACGAAAAACAUUGCAGAAUAUGCCACUCUACUUUUGAAGUUGGUUUCGAUCUUGAAGAAAGAUAUGCUAUACAUGUGGUAACAUGCAGGGAGCCUGAAGGUUUGUAUGAUGUACCAAAUCAUAAAGUUCUUCCUUCGCAGCUACAAGCACUUAAAGCAGCUAUUCAUGCUAUUGAGGCACGCAUGCCUGCGGCAGCUUUUGCCGGUUUGUGGAUGAAGUCUUCACACAAACUGUGGGUUAAGCGGCUGCGACGAACAUCAUCAUUACCCGAGCUUUUACAGGUUCUUAAUGAUUUUGUUGGGGCAAUUGAUGAAGAUUGGUUGUACCAAAGUUCCUCAACAGUAAGCUUUAGUUCAUAUCUGGAUGACGUUACUGUAUACUUCCAAACGAUGCCACAAACAACGUCUGCAGUUGCACUCUGGGUUGUCAAAUUGGACGCCCUCAUUGCUCCUUAUUUGGCGCAAAUGAUUGACAGAGCAUUAGCCAAAGGGUCCAUUCAGACAAACUGUGGGACAAAUAGGACAUCUCUAUUAUCCGUGUACAUGCCACAGUUCACAGCAAAUUCUAGUAUUUUCCAAGCAAUGACUGAAUGCAGGCGUGUGUGA